AAACAAAAUGUGUUUGUUUAUUAGAAGAAGUGCCAGUGUAUGCAUCAUUUAGUCCUAAAAUUUUAUAUUCAAAUUUAAAAUGAAAUCUUUGUACUUCUUUGUCAUGGCCAUUAUGGUAUUUGCCUCUUUGGUUCAAGCUAGACUUAUUUCUGAAAAUAAAGGAUUAUUGGAAAGUUUUUUUCGUCAUAGAAGAGCUGUAUGUGGUACAACCUGUUCCGAGCAAUGCAAAAAAGCAGGAGGCUCACAUGGAAAAUGUAAUAAUGGAAAAUGUUUAUGUUAUACAGAUAAUGAUCUUUCUCAUUUUUAUAUACAUGUAUAAUUUUCAUAAAAAUAUAUUAACAUAAUAGAGAACUUUUU